ACAUUAAAGAAACCAACAAAAAUCUUUAUCAUUUCUCUUGAUAACAUUUUUUUUCUAUAUCAUACCAAUCCUUUGAAAUGGGAAACACCCAGACAACCCCAUCAGCCCCAUCCUCCGCCGCCAAUCCCGCCACCGGAGAGUACAAUGCUGCGUCCAUCCCUCCCGGCGGCGUUAUCACCAUCCUUAGCAUUGACGGAGGUGGCAUCCGUGGCAUCAUCCCCGGCACCAUUGUCGCUUACCUUGAAGAGGAGCUUCAAGCUUUGGACGGUCCGGAUGCAAGAGCAGCGGACUACUUCGAUGUGAUUGCCGGAACGAGCACCGGAGGGCUGAUGACCACCAUGUUAUCGGCGCCGGACAAGAACAAGCGCCCCCUCUACGCCGGCAAGGAUAUUGUCCCUUUCUACAAGGAGCACGGACCAAAGAUCUUCCCAUCAGCAGGAAUAUUUGAGGUGGUGAGAGACGCAACCAGCCUGUUGGCCGGUCCCAAGUACGACGGCAAAUACCUUCACCAAGUCCUCCAGGACCAAUUGGGAGAAACUCGGUUGAGCCAAACUUUGACGCACAUUGUCAUCCCUGCCUUUGAUAUCAAGACCUUCCAACCCACAGUUUUCACCACUUGCGAUGUUAAGGAUUCCCCCGAAAAGAAUGCUAAGUUGUCAGACAUAUGCAUUGCCACCUCCGCAGCUCCCACGUACCUCCCCGGCCAUUACUUUGACACCGCCGAUGCUAAGGGCGGAAAGGUCGAGUACAACCUCAUUGACGGAGGUGUAGCUGCAAACAAUCCGACUCUUAUUGCGAUUAGCACGGUGACGCAAAGGAUGGUGGCUAAGGAUCCAAAAUACUUGACAUCAUCAACUUCGUCGAAGGAGGCAGUUGGGUGCCACCGGUUCUUGAUAUUGUCGAUCGGCACCGGCAAUUCAAAAUAUGCUGAUAAGUACACGGCGCAACAGGCGGCGACAUGGGGUGUUUUGGGGUGGCUGGCCCAAGGAGACGGCAACCCUUUGAUUGAUGUAUUCUCCGUUGCAAGUGCGGACAUGGUGGAUUAUCAUAUCGCCACCAUUUUCCAGGCUCUUCAAGCCGGAGAUAACUAUCUCCGCAUCCAGGAGGACGAUUUAAAAGGGUCGACAGCCUCGGUUGAUGUUACGACAAAAGAAAAUUUGGAUGCACUUGAAGAGGUUGGCAAGAAGUUGUUGACGAAACCGGUUUUGAAGCUGAAUCUGUUGACAGGGAAGAAUGAACCGGUCCCCAAAGCUGGAACAAACAAAGAUGCUCUGAAAAGGUUGGCCGGUUUGCUGUCGGAGGAGAGGAGGCGCCGUACAAUCGCGGCACUUAACGGCGGCAAGUAGUUAAGUUACGGUGUUGAUCAACAUUGAGAUCAUAUGUAUCGUGUGUCUUUAAUUUCUGCUACUUGAAUUAUUGAAUAAGGCACAUAUCCUUCGACAUGAAAAAGGUUGUGCCAUUGGGAUUGGUUACAUAUGUAUGCUUGUGUAUUUUGUAUAAACUAGUAAGUGUCCCGUGCUAUGUAUGGACUAUUAUUAAUGUAAUAAAUGAUUAAAUUAUGUACACGUA